AACCACGAUUAAAGAUAUCUUUAAUCGUGGUCGUAUCUUCUAAGACAGUGCUUCAAGACAAUCAAAACACAUAUUUUUAAGUAUUGUAUUUUUAUACGGAGACACGGAGUACAGACUUGAGUUGUAACUUGUAGCAUAGAACAGUAGUAUUGUAUAGUCAUAUUUAUUGAAUAAAUAAAUAUUAUGUAAUAAUAAAUAUUAAAUAAAUUAUUAUAUUAAUUAAAUAAUAAUUUCAUCUAUUUUGUGUCUUAACCGUGGAUAAUUUUAUUAUUAUUAUUUGGUUGUUCUAUGAUAUCACGGCCAAGGUGGAUAAUAUAUAUAGCUUAUGUUUAUUAUAUUUAUAUCUGUACCAUAGAUAAAAGAUACAUUAUCUGUGCCCUGUGGAUACAUAAUAAAAUAAAGAUAUCUUACUAUUUUGGGACAAGAGUUACGACAAGUUGACAUCAUUAUAGUUUAUAAUGUUACAUAUUAUGUCUGUAGUCUGGAACUCCGGAAUCAAGAUUCACCAAACAAGUACCAACUGUAGUAGUGUAGUUAAAAACUUUUGAGUUUGAACUGUUGUUAUGAUAAAGAUCAAAGCACACUUAAUUUAGAAACUUUAAGACUAGAACAAAAAUAGAGAAUGCAAUGAGUAAAGAAAAGAUUUCGGAUAGUGUAUCUGUACUUAUAGAACUUAUAGAAGUAUCUAUUCAUUGUAUACUGUACGCAAGAAAAAUAUAUCCAGAAGGUAUUUUUGAACUAAAGAAGAAAUACAAUGUACCUGUGCAUGUUUCUAUUUAUCCAAAGUUGAAUUCCUAUAUAAACGGUACACUCAAUGCUGUCAAAAGUUUAUUGAAAUUAAAAAAAUUGUGCAAAUUGGAUGUUUGUUUUUAUAACAAGGUUGGAGUUGUAGUUGAACGUUUUGUAUUCAACAUUCGUAAUGUUGAACUUGAAUUGAAUUUAUCAGAUUUUUCGAAUUUAAGAGAUCCAUAUUUAAUAAAGUUAGAACAAAUGUUGAGAGCUUUCUGUUUAAAACUAACAGUUAGUGAUUCUCUGUUAAAGCCUUUACCUUCAAGUUGUACAUUUCAGAUUCACAUUCAUACAACUGAAACAACAUCCAUUGAAAUUCAAAAGGAUACAGAAGAAUUUCCAUUAAUACCUUGUGAAAAAAAAGAUACAAUUUUAACAUCACCUGCAAUAGUGCCAAUGCGCAGUAUUGACUGUGAACAUUUAAAUUUAGAAAUCUAUGCUGAAGAAGGAAAUAAAGAUGAAGACCCAGAUUUAUUUACACAGAGUCCAUUGUUUUAAAUACACUGAAAAUAUGUUGUUCUUGUAAAAACUAUAGAAUUAUUAUACAGACCAGUAAAACUAUGUCAAAUUUCAUAAGUUAUUUAGUAAUAUAUUUGUUAUUUGAUUAUAUAUUUA